CCCCUCUACAGUUUCAAACACAUUCAAAUAUAAACUCUAUACUACUCUCCCAAAAACACAUCAUAAUAUGACAAUGUCUACUUGUACAAUGUUGAAAUAUUUGUUGCUAGUUGCAAUAUUCACUACCUCAUGCAUUGCACAAAUACCUCCAACUGCCACUCCAACAAUCUCACCAACUGCCAGCCCUACACCGGCACCCGUCGUCACACCGCCUUCUCCCUCUCCUACACCCGUCCCGGCCCCUGCCCCUGCCCCCGCUGUCCCUUCGCCAUCACCGACACCAACUGCCGUACCAUCACCCGCACCUUCUUCUCCUUCCCCGGUUCCUUCUGAUAUUGUCCCUUCACCUGGUCCUUCCACCGGUCCACCAGCUGACGGCCCACCUAGUGGCACAUUUGCUGAUGGUUGGGUCAAUAAAGCCGUCAUCACCGGGACCGCACUUGCUGGAGUAUGUCUUUCUGUCACUUUAAUGUGAGCAAUGGAGAUAAAUAUGUUGUUAUAGUUAUACACUGUCCACAUUAAUUUGUUUUUCUUUUUGGUCUUUAGAGUUACUUAUGUUUUUUCUAUAUAUAUUCUUGUUAUUUAUCAGAUUACCUUACGUACCUUUUGAUU